AUGGCUCUAUUACUUGACAGCCUUGAGGUGACGGUGAUCAUCGACAAUGAGCUGGAUGUAAUGUCUCCUCCACCUCCCACAACCGUGGGUUCAAUCAUCUCCCACGGUUCACUGGGCAAUAUCUCUCGGGAGUCCGCCCACGUCUACCGGGGCAAUGAAGAAGUCCGUGAGCUGAAGAUGGAAAGUAUCUGUUGCGCAGCUCAUGGGCUAUCUAUCUUACUGACUGACAGUGGACAGACAGGUACCAUUGGAAAUGAAAAGAGAAGCAUACUGUUUGAUACUGGGCCAGAGGAAGAUGCAUGGGAACGAAACGCGAAGAGACUCGCUUCCUUUCUCGCUGGCAUCGAGAUCAUUCAGGUAGCCCCUUUCAUCUACUACCUCUACACUAUCAAUCAAUACAUGACUAUGGCUAAUUUUAUAGGCGGCAUGCUACGCGCUAUCCGGAUGAUCAAGGAAGCCCAAGGAGCACAAGGCACCAGCAAUGCAGGAGUAGUAGUAGAUGUCCACCCAUCACGGCCAAAGUAUCGCGGUUUCCAGCUAGGCGAGGAAAUCAUAUCUCUUCAGGCAGAUCCGGGUUUCGACGCAAUGACUGCUGCUGGUGCUACAGUAAGUAAGAAUUCACAGCCGCACACCUUGGCAGACGGUAUGUUUCAUGUCUCCGGCAUGAUCCCGCGGGAGACAGAGUAUGAGACCGGCCUCAAGGGAGCAAUGCGACUUGAUGAUGACGGGAAAUGGGAAAAAGACGAAGAAAUCGCGGACGAGCGCGCGGUCACGUGUCGUGUGCGGGGUGAGUACAACGACCGAUUAUAUAACAAACUCCAAACUCUACCCCGCGCUGACAAAGAAAAAGGACUAGGUCUUAUCGCGGUCACGGGAUGCAGCCAUGCUGGCGUUGUAAACACAGCCAGACACGCCAAAAGAAGCCAGCAGCAAGGGGGCAAAGAGGAUGAAGCAAAGGAAGGCCAGGAGGAAGAUAUCUUCGCGAUAAUCGGGGGCUACCACUUGGCAACGAGCGACGAGGCGGCGGUGCAUGCAACGGUUCACGAUCUAAAGGCGCUAAACCCGCACUUUCUUGUCCCUGGCCAUUGUUCAGGCUGGCGAGUCAAGAUGGCCAUCGAGAACGCAAUGCCUGGCCGCCUGCUUCCUUGUUCUGUGGGCGCGAAGCUCACCUUCGCUGACCAAGCUCUGUCUGUUGGUGAUCCCUCUGUACCUUGCAGCAGCUCGACAAAUUCCUGA